ACUACACGCAGUUGCGCACGUUUCGGCUUCCGGCGCCCUACAAGAGCAUGUGCACGGACUACAAGGCGAUGGGUCAUUUUCCAGAAUUCAAAGGCAUGCUGAACUACGACCUUUGCAUGCAGAAGUGUGCUAUGGAGCUGGAGGUGAUCCACUGCGGCUGCAUCCAGGUGACGUACGAGUUCACGGCAAGUUACCCAGCACCAACUUGCGAUUUUACAGCGUCGGGCGACUGCUUCUCUGCGCUUACUGCUAAUGGGACGUACGCGAAGUGCAAGCGCGCCUGUGGACUACCCUGCGAACAGAUCCAUUAUGACGUCCGCAUAACCGGGAUAUCGAAUGAACAGGGUCCAGCAAAGGCUGCACGGGAGCGAUUCACAUUGAAGCUGCGCUACCGCUCAGACACCGAGGAGUUGGUGCUGUACCAGCCCACGCUGACAAGGAUAGAGUUGAUGGCCUACGCCGCUGGCUACUUGGGCAUAUGGCUGGGUGUGUCCGUUAUGACGUUUCUCUUGGACCUGCAGGGCUGGAUCAAAACUCACAAGCUCAAGAAGAAAGAGCGUUGGAUUGAUCCAGUAAUCACUAUCCGCCGAGCACUGUAGUUUAAGCAGUUGUGACAUGUCGCAGCGCAUUGGAACCACCAUGGGAACGACAAUAUAUUAACGCGAGAAUUUGAACUGGUCAAGUAGGCACGGGCACGCUUUACGCUGAUGUUGCGUCGCUUGUAGCAAAUAAUUUGAUUGUUUACGCCUUCACGAAAA